AUGGUGGGCUACAGGAGCUGUUUUCAUAUCACUUUUAUUUACGGGUACAACACAGUAGAAAAGAGAAGAAGCCUAUGGACGGAUUUAACUCGUAUCUCAUUUUCAGUUAAGGCUUGGAUUGUUCUUGGAGAUUUUAAUGCUCCCUUUUCUGGUGGAGAUAGGUCUGGUGGCAAUGCUAUUACUAGUCUUGAGCUGGCUGAUGCUAUUGGAUGGAAAGUUAAUGCUAAAGUUGAAGCUCUCAAAAGUAUAGGGUCGUUUUUCACCUGGACUAACAAUCAGGAAGGAUCAGCCAGGAUAUUCUCAAAAAUUGAUCAUGUUUUCAUUAAUGAGGAUUGGUUAGACAUCUUUCCUCAGUCUUUGGCUAAUUUUCGGUGGGAGGUAGUGUCGGAUCACUGCUCUUGUAUUGUUUCUAAUAUCCCUUUGGUGACUAUGGGAAGCAAGUUGUUUAGGUACUAUAACUUCUGGUCUAACCAUGCUGAUUUCAAACAAGUGGUGUUAAGUAGCUGGGAGGUCCCUGUUCAAGCAUCUGGUUUGAGAGCUAUUUUUAUCCGUCUUGUUAGGCUGAAGCAUAGGCUUAAGAAGUUCAAUAGGGACUGUAUUGGUGAUGUGGGGUAUGGUUACCAGUUAGCUUCAGUGGCUUUUCAAGAUGCCCAGUUUCAAGCCCAAGCUAAUCCGCAAGAUUUCAAGUUACAGGAGGUGGUGAAGGAGAAGGCUUCUGAGUUUCAUAAACAAGAACAAAUGUAUCAUAGUUUUCUUGCUCAACAGAGCAAGAUUAACUGGAUUAGGAAGGGGGAUAUGAACUCAUCUUUUUUCCAUGCUUUUUCUAAAGAAACGCAAGGCAUAGAAUACCAUUGUUUCUUAUAUAAAUGA